CACACGUUCACGGCCAAACCUAUCUUCAAUUUUCUACCCUAAUAUUCGUGGAUUUUCCAGCUCCUUCUUGAGAAGGUAGAUUAACAGUCACAGAGAACCAGGGGAGAUUCGAAGCAGGGACUUCCAGAUCAUGUCCGGUAUGUACGGCCAAAACGGUGAUUCCGCCGCUCCGCCUUACCAAGGCGGUGGUGGUGGAUACGGCGGCGGAGGAUAUGGAGGUGGAGGUGGCGGAGGCGGAUACGGAGGUCAUGGCGGCGGAGGUCGUGGCGGUAGAGGUGGUGGUGGUGGAGGAGGAUACGGAGGAGGCGGCGGCGGUGGUGGCGGCGGUUAUCCAGGAGGAGGAGAUCGUGGUGGCAGAGGUGGCGCCGGCGGCAGAGGAGGUGGUCGAGGUGGAGGUAGUGGCAGAGAUGGUGAUUGGCUUUGCCCUAAUCCUGGUUGUGGGAACUUGAACUUUGCAAGAAGAACUGAGUGCAAUAAGUGCAACACGCCUUCUCCCGCUGGUGCCAACAAUGAUCGCGGUGGUGGUGGUGGAGGUGGAGGUGGGAAUGGUUAUAACAGAGGGGGUGGGUAUUCUGGUAAUCGAGGGAGUGGCAGAGAUGAUGGCAAUAGAGGUGGAAGUUACAGCAGUGGUGGUAGAAGUGGGGGUUAUGAGAGUAGAAGUGGAGGCGGCAGCGGCAGUAGAGGUGGGUCUUAUGGUGGUAGAGGAGAUGAUGAUGGAUAUAAUCAGGUGCCGCCACCUGCAGCAGCUCCAACUUAUGGUAGUGGUGGAGGUAAUUAUCCUCAACCUCCCAACUCAUAUGGAGGGAAUGCUAAUUAUGGUGGUGCCAAUGCAGUUGCGCCACCUACAAGCUAUACUGGUGGUCCUACAUCAUACCCUCCGUCUUAUGGUGCUCCUCCUGUGGCUGGCUAUGGCGGUGAAGCUACUGGUGAUACAAGAGGCGGUGGUCGUGGUGGCCCUCCAGGUGGGUAUGGUAGCAGUGGUGGAUCAAGGAAUCAAGGAGUAAGUGGUGGUUAUGGUGGUAAUGGUGCUAGUGCUGAUGCAGCUCCAUCAAUUAAGCAAUGUGAUGAGAAUUGUGGCGACAACUGCGACAACUCUAGAAUUUACAUAUCUAAUUUGCCUGCUGAUGUGACGGUUGAAGAAUUGAAAGAGCUGUUCGGUGGAAUUGGACAAGUUGGAAGGAUUAAGCAGAAGAGGGGCUACAAGGAUCAAUGGCCUUGGAACAUAAAGAUAUAUACUGAUGAAAAGGGCACCCAGAAAGGCGAUGCAGUUUUGUCUUAUGAGGAUCCAUCUGCUGCACAUUCUGCUGGUGGCUUCUACAACAAUUACGAGAUGAGAGGUAAAAAAAUUAGUGUUGUCAUGGCAGAGAAGACAGCUUUGAGGCAACCUGAGCACGGUGGAGGCGGAAGAGGUGGUGGUGGAUAUGGUGGGCGGAGGGAUAACUACAGAGACGGUUCUGGGCCCGACAGGCAUCAGCAUGGAGGGAACCGUUCACGCCCGUACUAAGGACUCUGCUCUCUGUUAUGCGGUUAUUUUGUACUCUAGGAAUUGUGUCUGAGGGUGUUUUACUAUGUUCCAUUACCUUGAGGGGUUGUUCUUAACUGGAGGGAGACUAAGAGGUAGGUUGUUCACAGAGCAAUACCCCUUUCUCUCCUUUCCUGUUUACUGUAGACUUGAUCGUUCCCCCCUAUGCACACAAUUGAUUCAGCUUGUGUGAAUUGUCUUUUCUUUAUAGACGCAAGUGGAUAGAAACUCCGAAUUGCUUGCUUGCUGCUUAAGGUAGGUUGGUUGUAUUCAGGUGAGUAAUCAGCUUCUUUUGCCGUCGUGCAUUAGUCCCAAGUUAUAUUGCAUGCCUGAAAAUGGUCCGAGGAUAAUACACUAGCUGGUGUGGGAUUCUUUCCAACAGUCGUGUUUUCGCGCAGGAUAUGGGUGGGUGCUACUAUGUUGUUUGAAACAAACUUUUGUAUGCCUUUGCUCUGAACAAGCAGAUGUGAAGCAGCACGGCAAUUAAUUACAUUGAUGUAUGGGGGCUCUUUUGGUGAUCUUUUCAGAAGAAUUUGACUAUUAGGGUGUGUGUGGAGUAUUACAUGUUUCUUGGAUUCGUAUGAAUGAUCUGCCAUUGCCUCUUGGAUGUGGAAUUGGAUGUGAAGAGUUCGCUGGUGAUCGACGACUCGUUUGUUGGGUUUCUUGAUAUCUCCUGCAAAACGGAUCAAGAGCUAGCUAGCACCUUCCUCUGCAAAGAGUGACAGUAGUCGAAUGCUAGAUGAUUUCUUCAUGGAGCAGCACCUAAAUUCGUGACAACCAGCUAGGUUCUCAGUGUAGGGAUUGGAGCUCUUGAUUGUGAAUUUUGGUACAUCAAUUUUAGUGGGUUUUAACUUUUAAGAACAUGAAUGAGAGAAACUAUAUGAACAUCCGACACUUAUGUAAUGGUCGGAAAUUGAAAGCCGUGUUUCUCCGUGACGCUUGUUCAUCAUUUUUGUUUGUGCUGUGGACAACAUUUUGAUCAGUCAAGGGAUUUUGCUUGGUAUUCAGGAUGAUUUCUGUUAAAAUCCUUCAUAUGGACUCCAACUAGACAAAUGUUAAUAGCAAGUACAACCACCCUAGGCCCAGAUCUCAUACAUGAACCGAUCUUACAGAGACGGCCAAGUUGACGAAAUUUUCCAAAAACGAGUCUUACAAGCGUGCUUCUACCUCAUUGCGUCUCCCUUAAACAUUUUGGACUGCUGUUAAUAUCCUUCCUUCGCCAAUGAUUGGACCGCGACAGAUGGCACCACCUCCAUCAUGUAACAAUGUUGUCUUCACCAAGUCAUGGACUUGUCAUCCUAUUACUUCUGCUGUUGGUGACAAUGGCGCGAAAAACAAAAUCUCGUCAAAGCAUGAUGCCAUGGCUCAUCCACCCUAGGGCCAGAUCUCGUACAUGAACUGAUCUUGCAGAGAUGGAAUCCUUCUGAUAUGUGCGUGGAACCAAAAAUAGACAUUAACCAGAGCGUGAUACCAUGUGCCUGCUAUCUGUUCGUUGGCUCUUGCCGCACCAUAUCGCAAGCACCGUUCGAUGUUGAUCCGGAAGCAUGCAGAGGUGUGCCAUCGGGAACACCUCGAACCUGAGGUUUGCCGUAUUGGUCAUGAUAAGGACCAACUCCAUACUCUAUCCCAUGAUUGGCAUAGCUUCCAUAAGCAGGAUCU